ACUGGGCAGGGGGUGGGUGGAGACUCUGAGGCCGAGCUUUCGGCCCAGGCGGACCUCUCCGAAGCAGAGUCGCGAGGCUGCCGUGUGGCCCUGACGUAGGCCGGAGCGAAGUGUCCCGGUAACUCUGUUGCGCGGCUGCCCAGCUGCUCACCUUGUCCCCCUGCCACCCUGAGAGACGCCGGGUGCACUUCCUGACCGCGCUUGGUAUUCCGCACCGCGUCCUGGACCGCGUUCUUCGCCGGUGUCACCUAGUCCUGGCUGCAGCCCCAGUGCACCCCACCUCCACCCCGGUGAUUUGCCAGGUUCCAGUGACCUUGCAGUUUUUGCUAGCAACUGGGACUCCUCCUGCCGACCUUUACAAGAUGUUAAUUUUGUAGUUGGCUCAUCGCUUUGCCACUUUUGAGGGAACAUCCUGUGCUAGGUCCUUCCUUCACCCCGUCGCCUGGGAGUGAAGCUGCCUUCGUUCCUGUGAUGACCAGACAAGACCACUCACUGCCUGUUGACAUUUUUUCUCUUCCAGGCGCUUGGCGUGGCUUAUUUUCUCUUGGAUAAGUUUUAUAUAUAUAUUUUUGUGUGUGUGCAGCCUAAUGUUCAAAGGAUUUUGAGUUGUGCUUUAAAAUGCUAUUGGUAACAGUGGUGGAAGGGAAUGAUGUCUGAAGUUCUCUCUCUACCUUUGGUGUUUUUACCUGAAACACCUAGUGAGCAGUUGUAUGCAGGUUUUCACGAGAAUUCCCACUUACUAUCAAUCAACCUUAUCUGUGGGCACUGACUCUCUGUAUUAUGCAAGCAAAAUGCACCCUUUAAAAAAGAAAGGCAUUCUUUUAUGUAUGUAGUUUGUUUUUAGUCAUAAAGUAGUAAAUUAGCUAUUAUGGAAAUGAUUACUUUUUAUAAGCAGUUAAUAUUUUUUCAAAUUGAGUACUUAGUGGCCAAGUAUUGGGAGCCACUCAGAUUGAGAAGUGUGAAAUAAAUGAAUAGUUCUUUUAGAUGUAGCUUACUGACAUUUUCAAAUAGUUCUUCCUGGACUUUGAAAAGCAGAAAGUAAGGGCUAUGUUUUGGAAUCCUGGUGUGAUAGAGGAUGUCACAGAUAAAGCCUUCAAAGAGGGGAUCUACUGUUCACUCAGGAAGCCUGCAAUUUCUUUUACUACUUUGCACAGUUAUUAAGCAUUUACUGCAUGACUGUGUGAGGUAUUGGGGACUAUAAAGGUGAGCAUGAUGAUGGUUUCUGCCUUCAAGGACAAGUUGGGUGGGUAGGACUAUACAUACAUGCCUCAUUUUUUUUUUUUUAAUUCUCACCCAGGGAUAUAGGUGGUUUUUGUUGUUUUAAAGAGAGAAAGGGGGGGAAAGAAAUUAUUGAUUUUUCUCCCAUAUGUGCCCCAACCAUGCAUGGAACCCGUAUGUGUGUGCCCUGCCUGGGGGUUGAACCCUCAGCCUUUUGGUGCACAGCACUGUGCUCCAACCAGCUGAGCCACCUGGCCAGGGCUCAUUUGUCUUUUCAUAAAUAGUUAAGGUACCUGCAGAAUUCAAAUUUAAAAAGGGAAAAGCCCACAUCUCAUUUGGGAAGGUAGGGUUUCCUGGCUUGGGAAAUUUUGAAGGAUGACUAAGAAUCUUGACCGGUAGGGAAAGGUAAUCCAAAGCAGAAAGAAGGGACUAAGAAGAGCACAGAGUUCAUACAUCUGAAGAGAUGGAAAUAUUUAUGUUAGGAUGGAACAUCAAGUAUUUGUACCAGUAAUGAGGAUGAUGAAGCUUGAAGUAAAAAUUGACCAAUUUAUGUUUGCUUUUAAUUCAGGCAGAUGAUCUUGGAGUUGGUAGACAGUGGGGGUUUUACCAAUAACUUUGAGUUGAGAAUGUAAUGUAAAUCUCUUUUCAGAGGGUUAAUCUGGCAGCUGUUGCAGCGUGGAUUGAAGUAGAGAACACUUGGAUACAGAGAACACUGUAAUUGCUGUGAUCAUAGGUAGAGAAGAGUUAAGCUAUGGCUGUAAAUACAGGAAUGGUAAAGAGGAAGGGAGUAGUAGAUUAGGCAGAAUUGAUGAUGAGAGGGAAAAUAACUUAAGGCUCAGAUUCACGUUAAUAGUGGUAUGGUAUUGAGCACAUUUACAGAAGCUUUAUAUUUGGCAUGUGUUACUUUGUAGCAGGAGUUCUCAAUGUUUUGGGGAUUAGUAAUCCUUGGUGGAAUUAAAGAAUCCUGGCCUAGGAAAUUUCUGUAUGCACCUGUGCUUUCUGCUUAGCAUUUUAGAGCACAGGUGGCAAACAAGGCCUGCUGGCCGAAUCUGGCCCUUACCUUUUUUUUUUUUUUUUAAUCCGGCCCAGCAUCUUGUUUCUACUCAGUGGCAGCGCCAGCUCCUUGCCCCUAGUUAAGGAGUAGUUACAUUUAUACAGUCCGAAAAUUACAUUCGGCCCUUUUUCUGAGGCCGAUAAUGUGGCCCCCUGCCCCCGGUAAAAAUGAGUAUUACACCCCUGUUUUAGAGAGUCUGUGGACCACCUGAAGCUUAUUCAUGGAACCCCUGAGCCAGUGGGUUGACCUGGAAGCAGCUCUCAGAAUUAGUUGGGGCUUUUAAAACACUAAAACUUUCAAAUUCUUUUAUUUACUGCUUAGAACCCUUACUGUAGAGACACACUAUAUUUACACCCAAGGACACUAUCUCCUUUCACUUGUGUUGUUGUUUACAGUGAAUUUUGACUAACUUAUGUUAUUUGCUAUUGUGUUACAGAGCAAACUAGCCCAAGAGGUUAAAUGAUUUGCCCCAAAUAUUUCAAUUGGCAAGUAUGUAAAUUGGAAUCAGGAGUUGAUUUCUUUCUUGUAUGAUGUAUGCAAUUGAUUUAUCAUCAUUGGGUAUAGUUACUGCCUUUAUGUGACCUUGUCAGUGAGGACUAGAUGAUCCUGGGAGGUUCCUUCCAGUUAACAAUUUGUGAUUUUUGGCUCUUAGGUUUUCAUUGUACUGUGUGGACUCUUAUUCUUUCCAUGUGAUGGAAUGCUGGUGAGGCUGAGGGAUGAAUUGAGUGUAUGGAGAGCAGGUUCUUAUCUUCCAAUGGUUAAAAAAAAAACAGCACCUGUGAAGUGCAGUAAAGCGAGGUAUGCUUCUAACUACACUCCUUUUCUCUCGGUUUUGAGGAAAUUAUGCAAAAGUACAAGGAACCAGAAGGGGAUGGAUCAAGCAGAGAAGGAAAGGUUUGUCUCACUAGACUAUGAACUCCUUGAAAGAAGGAAUCGUGUCUUACUCAUCUUUAUAUCCCCAGCAUCCGGUACAGUUCCUGGUGCAGAGUUUAAGCUGAAUUGUGGGACAUGGCCACUGCUUCACCAAGGUCUGAUACUGGUAAUAACCAUAGUGGAAGGUUACAGUUGCAGGUAACUGUUUCUAGUGCCAAACUAAAAAGAAAAAAGAACUGGUUUGGAACAGCAAUAUAUACAGAAGUAGUUGUAGAUGGAGAAAUUAAGAAAACAGCAAAAUCCAAUAGUUCUUCUAAUCCAAAAUGGGAUGAACAGCUAACUGUAAAUGUGACCCCACAGACCACAUUGGAAUUUCGUGUUUGGAGUCAUCACACUUUGAAAGCAGAUGCUUUAUUAGGAAGAGCAACAAUAGAUCUGAAACAGGCUCUGUUAAUACACAACAGAAAGUUGGAAAGAGUGAAAGAACAAUUAAAACUUUCCUUGGAAAACAAGAAUGGCAUAGUGCAAACUGGUGAAUUAACGGUUGUGCUGGAUGGAUUGGUGAUUGAGCCAGAAAAUCUAACAAGCUGCAACUCACCUCCAACCAUAGAAAUACAGCAAAAUGGUGAUGCCUUACAUGAAAAUGGAGAGCCAUCAGCCAGGACAACGACCAGGUUGACUCCUGAAGGUCCAAAUGGAAUAGAUAACUGCGUACCUUCCAGCACUGUGGUGCAGAAUUCAUGCUGUUCACCUAUAGUUAAUGGAGACAGUGCACUUUCAUCUCCAUCUCAGGGUGCUGCCAGACCUGGAAACACACCAGCUCCCAAACCAUUCACAUCUGAGCCAGCCAGUGACACUGAUUGCCUUGUUCAUUUGCCCUUUGUAGUUAAUGGAGAAUCGACCUCACUUGCACCAACUGAUGCCCCUCCUGCCAUGCUGACUGCCAUGGUCCCUGAGGAUGGCACCUCGUCAUCAAGUUGCAUUGGAACCUCUAGUGAGGAGGCCCCUGUUCCAGAAAUGCCAGUGUCCUUGGAACACAAUGGAUGCAUCCUCUCUGAUGGCAUGAUAUUCGGGUCUGGAGCUGGUAGUGACCUAGACCCUGCUGCAUCUGCGUCUGGAAAUAGCUCUGCCUUCGAAGCAGUCAAGUUAAGGCAGCCUGGUGGUUGUGUGGAGCCUGGGGCGAACGCCAGCACAGAAACUCUGCCCUCAGGGUGGGAGCAGAGGAAAGAUCCUCAUGGGAGAACCUAUUAUGUGGAUCAUAAUACUCGAACGACCACAUGGGAGAGGCCACAGCCUUUACCUCCAGGCUGGGAGAGAAGAGUGGAUGACCGUGGCAGGGUAUACUAUGUGGACCACAACACCAGAACAACCACGUGGCAGCGGCCAACCCUGGAAUCAGUGCGGGACUUUGAACAGUGGCAGUCACAGCGCAGCCAGCUCCAGGGUGCCCUGCAGCAAUUCAAUCAGCGCUACCUCUACUCAGCUUCAAUGUUAGCUGCAGAAAAUGACCCCUACGGGCCUUUACCACCAGGCUGGGAAAAAAGAGUAGAUUCAACAGACAGAGUUUACUUCGUGAAUCAUAACACAAAAACCACCCAGUGGGAAGAUCCGAGAACUCAAGGCUUACAGAAUGAAGAGCCCCUGCCAGAAGGCUGGGAGAUUAGGUAUACUCGGGAAGGUGUGCGGUACUUUGUCGAUCACAACACCAGAACGACGACAUUCAAAGAUCCUCGAAAUGGGAAAUCAUCUGUAACUAAAGGUGGUCCACAGAUUGCUUACGAACGCAGCUUUAGGUGGAAGCUUGCUCACUUCCGUUACCUGUGCCAGUCCAAUGCACUACCCAGUCAUGUAAAGAUUAAUGUGUCCCGACAGACACUGUUCGAAGAUUCCUUUCAGCAGAUUAUGGCAUUAAAACCCUAUGACUUGAGGAGGCGAUUAUAUGUAAUAUUUAGAGGAGAAGAAGGACUUGAUUAUGGUGGUUUAGCAAGAGAAUGGUUUUUCUUGCUCUCACAUGAAGUCCUGAAUCCCAUGUACUGCUUGUUUGAGUAUGCUGGCAAGAACAACUACUGUCUGCAGAUUAACCCUGCAUCUACCAUCAACCCGGACCACCUUUCCUACUUCUGCUUCAUCGGUCGCUUCAUUGCCAUGGCACUUUUUCAUGGAAAGUUUAUUGAUACUGGUUUCUCUUUACCAUUCUACAAGCGUAUGCUAAGUAAGAAACUGACGAUUAAGGAUUUGGAAUCCAUUGACACUGAAUUUUAUAAUUCCCUUAUCUGGAUAAGAGACAAUGACAUUGAAGAAUGUGGCUUAGAAAUGUACUUUUCUGUUGACAUGGAGAUUUUGGGAAAAGUUACUUCACAUGACCUGAAGCUGGGAGGUGCCAAUAUCCUGGUGACUGAGGACAACAAGGAUGAAUACAUUGGUUUGAUGACAGAAUGGCGUUUCUCUCGAGGAGUGCAAGAGCAGACCAAAGCUUUCCUGGAUGGUUUCAAUGAAGUUGUUCCUCUUCAGUGGCUACAGUACUUUGAUGAAAAAGAAUUGGAGGUCAUGCUCUGUGGCAUGCAGGAGGUGGACCUGGCUGACUGGCAGAGAAAUACUGUAUAUCGGCAUUACACAAGAAACAGCAAGCAGAUUAUUUGGUUUUGGCAGUUUGUAAAGGAUACAGACAAUGAGGCGAGAAUGCGUCUGCUACAGUUUGUCACGGGGACCUGCCGCCUGCCCCUUGGAGGCUUCGCAGAGCUCAUGGGAAGUAAUGGGCCUCAAAAAUUUUGCAUUGAAAAAGUUGGGAAAGACACCUGGUUACCAAGAAGCCACACGUGGCUUGUUGUCACCUGUGCAUUCAUUCUCAUCGUCAGCCACAACAGGCGGACUCUGCUGGCCAGGGUCCACCACAUCUGGUGCCCAGCAACAGGGACGCCAAGGCUAUCGGCCAUCGUGGUCAACACACCACCGUGGGUGGAACUCGUGCAACAGCCCAGGCACAGGUCCAGCACUGAAGAGCCACAAGGGUGCUUGCCGCAACAGAGACCUGUGACAAGUAUGAGUUGGACAUGGGCCAGGAAAGAACACUAGGUUUCCUGCCAACUGCAAGCAAAAGCCUACGCAACGAAAGGCACACUAUAAAAAACACUCACAAGCCCAUCCCCACAGCACAAUCCCCCAUCAGGUUUUAGGCUUGGGAGAGAGAGCAAUGAACUUUCCUUUCAAUUAGCUUUUUUUUUUUUUUAAACAAGAGCCUCUGUGCAUUCUUUCUUUAAAAGCUGCUUUUUGCAGCUCUUUUGAUUCUGCCUUUUCCUCUGCCUGCCUGUAAACAAAAAUGCAGAUAGUAAAUGAAUGUUGCAGUUUCAACCGGACUCCAAAGAUUGCUUUGAGAACUCAGACUUAGUUAACGGGUUGUUUAUGAGUGCCUCAGCCCCUUGCUGGGCACGGAAGGUAAGAGCCAUCUCCUCCCUCCCGCUUGAGAUCUCAAGCGUUCCUAUGUGAGUAGGGGCUUUGCCGAGGUGUCUGGGGUCAAUCCCUGAGACGUGUAGGGGCCUCAUAGGAACUUCUAAUCAUAGUAAUUUAACUCUGGACUCAGUCAGGGAGCACAAUAUAAAGGUUGGUCACCUGGUGCUUCGAGCCCCCCCCGCAGUCUUAGAUGCAUGGGGAAAACCUGAAACUCGUAAGCGGGGUUAGGGUACCCUGGAUACCAACUAGGCAGCCCUCCCUGACGGUUUUCACCAACAGUACAUUUCUGACCCACCACACUAUACUCCCUAAUAGCUAAUUAGCUAGGGUUUAGUAUAGGCUGCAGAAUCUGAAACGGCAGAAAUUGAAAGAAAAAAAAAAAGCUUUUAACAACAAGAAUGGGCUCUAAUUUAUCUAAAGAACAAGAAGUCUAUCUACGGGUGCUGCAGCAACUCCUCCAAGGAUCAGGACAUGAGGUAAAACAACAUCUUAUACAGCUUUUACAAUUAUAAAAGAAUAUUACCCUGCUUUCUCUGAUAAGGGAACCCUAGAUAUUAGAGUUUGGGAAAAAGCAGGUAACAAAUUAAAGGCUUUACAAGGAUAGUGGAUUUACUACCAGAGUUCAAAAUUUAGUAACUUGGGGGACUAGUCAAGACUGGUCUCAUGCCUAUACGAACUAAGAAAAAGGAGUUAGUUACAAAGGAAGAUAUGGAGUUUAGUUCAGAUGAGGAAGUAGUAUAUGAUGCAGCAGAACAGGCUACAAGAGUCCUACCUACAGCUCCACCAGAGAACCUGUCUGAUAGUAACCACUCCUUAUCUUAAUUAUGGGAGCAUUCCUCCCUGCAAGAUCAGUCACCAUCAAGAAAGCCAAAAAAUUCAGAUGAAUACCCUGUUGGGAUUAUGAGACAAUGCCUUCAGCAGGCAGCAGAGGAGGGUGAUUUAGAUGCUCUUUUGGCUUUUCCCAUUAUAAUCAAGGGUCAGAGGAAAGUCCACGAGCCCCUUCCACUUUAUAAGGAUUGAAAAAAGAGUAUUAAAGAAAAUGGGCUUCAGUCUCCUUAAACUAAUGGGCUAUUUCAAUCCAUUACUGACAGUUAUAAAAUGGUACCUUGUGACUGGAUGGCCCUCGCCAGGACUGUUUUGACCCAGGCUCAGUAUACUGUUUGGUAUUCAGAAUACUCUCAAAGCGCUGGCAUCCAAGCCACUGAGCAUUCACAAAUAAAUAAUCCUGUCACCCUCCCUAUGCUGCUUGGGUCUGAUAAUUUUGCUACUGCUGUGGCUCAUGCUAGGCUUGAUCCUCAUGUUUUUUAUCAGACUGCUCAAAUUGCUCUCAGGGCCAUGAGAGCUGUACCUGAUGCUCAGGGCAGGGAAAUUUCUUCCUUACUAAUAUUCAUCAAGGUGUUAUGGAGGCAUAUACUGACUUUAUUGACCACCUCCAAGAAGCCAUUGACAGGCAAAUAGAUAAUGUUAGAGCCUCCAAAGCUCUUUUGUGGCAGCUAUAGCUUAUGAAAAUGCUAACAAGGAUUGCAGGGCAAUUAUUGGUCCCCUGCGAGCUACCACCAAGGACAUCAGUGAGUUUAUCAAGGCUUGCCAAGAUGUUGGCACACAGCACCAUAAGGCCUCUCUCCUACCUACUCCAAUUAAGGGAUAUUGAGAUCUCAGAUGUUAUCACUGUGGAAAGCCUGGUCACCUGGGCAAGGACUGUUUGUCUACAUCGAGAGGGGGAAAAGGUAAUUACAAACUUCCCCCCAAGGAUUGUCCACGCUGUGGCAGAGCAGGCACUGGGCAAGAGAAUGGUCGCUCCAAAUUUAACAAAAAUAACCAACUGAUUCAGGGAAACUUCCAGGGGGGUGCCCGUUCCAGCGCCCCCAACCCCAAAUGUAGCUUUCAGAAAAACCAGUAUCAGAGAAUUCGAGGAAAUGCAGUUUCCAACCUUUGUGCAGCCACCCAUGAAAGUGCAGGGCUGGACUUGGUCACCGCCAAUGAGCUCAUUUUACAGGAGCAGGAUCAAAUAAUUGUAGCUUCCACUGGUGUUUGGGGACCUCUACCCCCAGGAACAGUAGGUCUAAUUUUAGGAAGAUCCAGCAUUACUACUACUGAAGGCAUCUUUGUUCAACCAGAAGCUGUUGACUCAGAUUAUAAAAGAAAUUAAAAUCAUGCUCAAAGUGUCUGACUAUUAUUGUAUUAUUCCUGCUCAGAGGCACAUUGCCAGCUGCUCCUCCUCCCCUACGUAAUCUCAAAGACUCAGAAUAAAGUGAGGGGAGAGAGGCUUUAGCAGUACAGACAAUUGAUCAGUUUUCUGGACAGAAUCCAUUAAGCUAAAUUAACCAAUCUUACAAGUAAAAAUAAAGAAUAAAACAUUUCAUGGGCUCACAGAUAAUGGAGCCGAUAUCUCUGUUAUCUCAAAUCAGUUUUGGCCUUUCAAAUGGACUUUAACCAACAGUGAAACAGUUGUUUCAGGAAUUUCUCAACCUCAACUCAGUGUAUAGUCUCUUAGAUGUUAUGGGCCAGAGGGACAGGUAGGAAAAAUUUGACCAUGUUUUACCUAUGCCUCUUAAUAUCUGGAGACAUGAUCUCCUCAGUCAGUGGGGGAUGCAAAUCUCUCUCCGGCAUUUUCCCUAGUGGCCACUGCUCUUAUAACUCCCCUACUGCUUACUUGGCUCUCCAACACACCAGUAUGGGUUGAUUAGUGGCCACUUAAAGGAGAGUGACUUAAACAAACGCACCUUUUAGUCAAACAACAAUUAGAAGCAGGUCAUAUUAAACCCUCUAACAGCCCACGGAACACACCUACUUUUGUUAAACCAAAGAAGUCUGGCUUGUUCAUUUGGCAAAUGAAUAAGGAAGGCAAAUGGAGACCUAAGGAAAAUUAAUGAAUUCCUCCAGCCUAUGCACCCCCUACAGCCAGGGGCCCCUAAUCCAGCCUGUAUUCCUAGAGAUUGGCCACUUUUAACCAUCGAUUUAAAAGACUGUUUCUUCACAAUUCCUUUAGCAGAAAAGGAUCGAGAGGGUUUGCAUUUUCUCUCCCUGUCUUUCAUAACUCUCAGCCUUCACAGGGAUUUUAAUGGCAAGUUUUACCUCAAGGAAUGCUUAAUAGUCCAACUAUUUGUCAGCAUUUUGUUCAUACAGCAAUUCAGCCAGUAAGGGAUCAAUUCCCUGAUUCAAUUAUCUAUCAUUAUAUGGAUGAUAUUUUAAUUGCAGCUCCCUCAUAAGAUAUGCUAGCAAAAACUACUUCCUUUCUUUAAAACUCUGUAGCUUCUGCUGGACUGAUAAUUGCUCCAGUGAAGAUCCAGCAUUCAAAACCGUGGAAAUAUUUAGGUUAUAUCCUUUCAACAGGACAAUUCGGCCUUAAGUCCUUCAAAUUAGUCCACCCAAGGAUUUAACUCUUAAUUGCCUCCAACAACUUUUAGGAACAAUUAAUUGGGUGCCACCCAGGCUUGGAAUACCCACUCAGCAGUUAACUCAUUUAUUUAAUACCCUUAAAGGAGACCCAGAUCUCAAUUCCCCUAUCAAACUGUCUUCUAAGGCCUUGCAAGAGUUAAUUAUAAUAAAUCAACAUAUUCAACAAUGACAAUUAACCAGAAUUAAUCUACAACUCCCUGUCCGAUUUGUCUGCUUUCCAAGCUUAGGUACUCCAAUAGGACUUAUAGGCAACUAAAUAAGGCAACAGAUACCUUCAUUUAACUAUGAUAGAGUGGCUUUUAAAAAAAAAAUUUUAAGAUUUUAUUUAUUUAUCUUUAGAGGGGAAGGGAAGGAGACAGGGAGAGAAAUAUCAAUGUAUGGCUGCCUCUCAUGCGUCCCCUGCUGGGAAAUGGCCUGCACCCAGGUAUGUGCCCUGACUGGGAAUUGAACCACAAUCCUCUGGUUCGCAGGCCUGUGCUCAAUCUACUGAGCUAUGAGUGGCUUCUUCUGUCUCAUCAGCCACGACGCACCAUUACCAUCUAUAUAACUGUUGUGUCACUUCAUAAUAAAAGGACAUGAACGAACACAGCAGUUAUUUGGAUAUGAUCCUGACUUUAUUCGUAUUCCCUUAACUCAGGUUUAUUUACAGCAACUAACAACUCAGUCUUUAGAAUUUCAGUGUGCCAUAGCUGACUUUGUAGGAGGACCAGAAAUUAAUUUACCCUCAGAUACACUGAUUCAAAACAUCCCAUGCCUUCAGAUAAGACCAGUAGAAAAAAAUCAGUCCAGACCAGUAACAGGAGCAAAAACUGUAUUUCUUGAUGGGUCUGGAAAAACCGGAUGAGCUGCUGUUGCCUGAAAAGAAGGCAUUAGCUGGAAAAACUCUGUAUCCUCAGGACAUGCCUCUACUCAGAGGGCCAAACUUUUUGCUGCAAUUAUGGCCCUGCGGCAAUGGCCUAAAGAAGCUUUAAAUAUAGUUUGUGACUCUGGAUAUACUGUCUAUACUACUCAACAUUUAGAUCAGGCAUUAAUUAAAACUUCAGAUGAUUCCAAUCUGCUUAACUUACUUCUGAAUUUACAGUCUCUCCUUGACAAGAGAAAACGCCCCCUUUUCAUUACUCCCAUUCCAUCUCACUCAGGCCUGCCAGGCCCCUUAGUGGAUGGUUAACAAUAAGAUAGAUGCCUUAGCGUCUUCUCUGCCUUUCAGCAAGCAGUAGCUUCUCACCAGUUUUUCAUCAGAACAGCCAGGCACUUCAAAGACAGUUUGAUAUUCCCCAUUCUCAAGCUAAGCAAAUUAUUAAAGAAUGCCCUGACUGUCAAGCCCUUACUAAGGUACCUCCAUCCACAAAAGUUAACCCUCAAGGACUAAGUUCUCAAAUGAUUUGGCCAACAGAUGUCACUCAUUAUACUCCCUUUGGAAAAUUCAAAUACAUUCACAUUUCUAUUGAUACUUACUCUGGUGCCCUACAUGCAUCUGCUUUAACAGGAGAAUCUGCUAAAAAUAUACAAACCCACUGGCUUGAAGCCUUCAGUCAUUUGGGUCAGCCUCAGCAAAUUUAAACUGAUAAUGGCCCAGGAUAUCUUGCCUAUUCUACUCAAGCCUUCCUUCAGCACUGGAAUAUCCAAUAUAAAACAGGAAUACCUUAUAAUCCAACUGGCCAGGCAAUUAUUGAACAGGCGCAUCAUACCUUUAAAAAUCUUAAAAAACAAAAAAGGGGGACUCAGGAGUCUACCCCCCAAAAUUUGACUGUUAGCUAUGUUUACCUAUAAUUUUCUAAGUUGUGAUGAAUCACUCUGUACUCCAAUUGAGAAACAUUUUCAGGCCAAACAAGCAAAACCACCUUACCCUCAGAUCUUGUACAGAGAUCCUCUGGGAGAUGAUACUUGGCAGGGCCCUAUAGACCUCUUAACAUGGGGAAGAGGGUAUCAUGUGUUUCCAUCCCCAGAGGUCCUGUCUGGUUUCCAGCUAGAAGGGUGAAGCCUCAUCAUGAACAAAACAGACAUCAAGCUCCACCACCUAGAGAUGA